GUUUCAAAAAGCUCUAAUCGCCAACAGCAGCAUUUUCGCACCCAAGCAUGCCUCAACUCGUAGUUGCACUUCUCUUCUCUUUAGUUUGCUGCUCUUUAGCUGGACCAGCAAUCGUUCCAGCAGCUUUUCCAGGACAAGUUCCAGUUCUAGCAGCUCCAGAGCCACCAAAACCUUACGAAUACGGGUAUGAGUUCGGAAAUGGACUGGGAAUGACUCAACAUCGUCAUGAAGUUGCUGAUGGUACUGGAGAAGUCAAGGGUAACUAUGGAUACCUGGAUCCCAUUGGAGUCUACAGGAGAGUUGAGUAUACUGCUGGAGCCGAUGGGUACAAAGCUAUCAUCCACAGCAAUGAACCAGGGCUCUCAAGCCAAGCAGCCGGUGAUGCUCUUUACGUGGUGGAACUACCACCCCCAGCUGCUGUAGCUCAAGGUCUCAGAGCUGCAGCCGAACCUGUAGCAUCACUUAAUUAUGUAUCGCCAACAGCAGCAUUUUCGCACCCAAGCAUGCCUCAACUCGCAGUUGCACUUCUUUUCUCUUUGGUCUGCUGUACUUUAGCUGGACCAGCAAUCAUUCCAGCCGCUUUUCCAGGACAAGUUCCAGUUCUAGCAGCUCCAGAACCACCAAAACCCUACGAAUACGGAUAUGAGUUUGGAGAUGGUCUGGGCAUGACACAACAUCGUCGUGAAGUUGCUGAUGGUACUGGAGUAGUCAAGGGUAAUUACGGAUACCUGGAUCCCAUUGGAGUCUAUAGAAGAGUUGAGUAUACUGCUGGAGCCGAUGGGUACAAAGCUGUCAUCCACAGCAAUGAACCAGGACUCUCAAGCCAUGCUGCUGGUGAUGCUCUUUAUGUGGUGGAAUUACCACCCCCCGCUGCUGUAGCUCAAGGUCUCCGAGCUGCUGCCGCACCUGUUGCAUCAGUUAAUUAUGUAUAAAAUCUAAUUAUGUUUUUGUGCAUAAAUAAAAGCGAUUAGAGCAUU